AUGUAUGUAAUCAAGCACGCUCAGGAGGUCAUCAUGGCUGAAUCUUGCCCGAGCCUGCAGCCCAAGGGCCAAACCAAGUUUACAAAGAUCAUCGAGCGCAGACACACGCGCAAUACCAUGUGGUGCUCGACGAAGCGCAUGCAGCGCCUUCUUAGCUGUGUGUUGAUAAUCGUCCUGCUCGCGGAGACUGCAUCUAGCAUGGUAUGUCACCAUCGACAACGGAGACGAACGCGGCACCCGCAUCCGGUGGCCGCAUCGAGCAGCUCUAGAAACAAUCAUGGAGCAGGCCCGACUGCAGCUAGGCAUGUCAGCGGACCACUUGUUACUCAAAGCCAGCACCGAAGCGUGCAACGGUCGCGGCACCUUACCUUUGGAGACCCGCUUCACACAGCGCAUGUGGCUGCAGGUGAACACCGCGUCCCUGUACAGCCGAGGCCCGAUCGAAGACACCAUGGCCACACGCAUCCCCACAAUGCUCUGAACGGACAAGUGGAGUGGAGGCAAGCCUCAUCACCUGCUGACCCUAGUCUCAUUACACCAUCCAGUUCUCGCGUUACCAACAAUGCAGGGCAUUCGAAUCAAACCUCUUCACCCGCUGGAGGCAGCCCUGCGGUGCUGUCGAAUAGAGACGAAUCAAACCCAUCCCCCGCGCCUGUUGAAGGUAAUCGCGCGACACCUUCCAGUGCGGAUGGUCUCGACAAUGCAGGGCAUUCGAAUCAAACCUCUUCACCCGCUGGAGGCAGCCCUGGGGUGCUGUCGAACAGAGACGAAUCGCACCAAGCCCCCGCACCUGCUGGAGGCAGCCAAGCAGCACAUUCCAGCACUGAUCUUCUCAGGAGUACAGAGGAUUCAAAGCAAGCCGCUUCACCUACCGAAGGCAGUCCUGCAAUGAUGGCCAAUAGAGAUGAAUCAAACCCAAGCCCCACACCUGCUGGAGGCAGCCAAGCAGCACAUACCAGUGCUGGUACUCUCGCUAGUAGAGAGGGUUCGAUGCAAGCCGCUUCACCUACCGAAGGCGGUGCUGCAAUGAUGGCCAGUAGAGAUGAGUCGAACCCAACUCCUCCGUUCCCUGAAGACAAUCAGGUGGCGAUGGCAGGGAGUGAUUUCCCCAGUGUGGUGGAUGCGAAGCAAACCUCUACAGCUGCUGAUGGUGAUGAAGUGUCAACGCCUAGUCAUGAUUCGCCUCACGCGGAGGAUUCGAAGCAAACGUCCGCAGCUGCUGAUGGUGAUGAGUUGACGACGCCCAGUCCUGAAUCACUGCACGCACAGGAUUCGAAGCAAUCUUCUACAACUCCAGACGGCAGUGACGUGAUGACACACAGGGUUUUCCAGCCCAACGCUGAGGAUUCACAGCAAACUCAGCCUGCACCUUCUGAAAGCAACCAGGUGACGACAACCGCGAGUGUCCCACGCAGUGGAGUAUAUUCCAAGGAAUCCUCCGGAUCGGGUGAAGGUAGCGGGGAGGAGAAAACAAAGGGUGUUCAGAAAAAUCCAGAGGAGCCGAAGCAAACCUCUGCACCUUCUGAAGGCAACCAGGUGACGACAACCGCGAGUGUCCCGCGCAGUGGAGCAUAUUCCGAAGAAUCCUCCGGAUCGGGUGAAGGUAGCGGGGAGGAGAAAACAAAGGGUGUUAAGAAAAAUCCAGAUGAGCCGAUGCAAACCUCUGCACCUUCUGAAGGCAACCAGGGGACGACAACCGCGAGUGUCCCGCGCAGUGGAGCAUAUUCCAAGGAAUCCUCCGGAUCGGGUGAAGGUAGCGGGGAGGAGAAAACAAAGGGUGUUCAGAAAAAUCCAGAGGAGCCGAAGCAAACCUCUGCACCUUCUGAGAGCAACCAGGUGACGACAACCGCGAGUGUCCCGCGCAGUGGAGCAUAUUCCAAGGAAUCCUCCGGAUCGGGUGAAGGUAGCGGGGAGGAGAAAACAAAGGGUGUUCAGAAAAAUCCAGAGGAGCCGAAGCAAACCUCUGCACCUUCUGAAGGCAACCAGGUGACGACAACCGCGAGUGUCCCGCGCAGUGGAGCAUAUUCCGAAGAAUCCUCCGGAUCGGGUGAAGGUAGCGGGGAGGAGAAAACAAAGGGUGUUCAGAAAAAUCCAAAGGAGCCGAAGCAAGCCUCUGCACCUUCUGAAGGCAACCAGGUGACGACAAACGCGAGUGUCCCGCGCAGUGGAGCAUAUUCCGAAGAAUCCUCCGGAUCGGGUGAAGGUAGCGGGGAGGAGAAAACAAAGGGUGUUCAGAAAAAUCCAGAGGAGCCGAAGCAAACCUCUGCACCUUCUGAAGGCAACCAGGUGACGACAACCGCGAGUGUCCCGCGCAGUGGAGCAUAUUCCGAAGAAUCCUCCGGAUCGGGUGAAGGUAGCGGGGAGGAGAAAACAAAGGGUGUUCAGAAAAAUCCAGAGGAGCCGAAGCAAGCCUCUGCACCUUCUGAAGGCAACCAGGUGACGGCAACCGCGAGUGUCCCGCGCAGUGGAGCAUAUUCCGAAGAAUCCUCCGGAUCGGGUGAAGGUAGCGGGGAGGAGAAAACAAAGGGUGUUCAGAAAAAUCCAGAGGAGCCGAAGCAAACCUCUGCGCCUUCUGAAGGCAACCAGGUGACGACAACCGCGAGUGUCCCGCGCAGUGGAGCAUAUUCCGAAGAAUCCUCCGGAUCGGGUGAAGGUAGCAGGGAGGAGAAAACAAAGGGUGUUCAGAAAAAUCCAGAGGAGCCGAAGCAAACCUCUGCACCUUCUGAUGGCAACCAGGUGACGACAACCGCGAGUGUCCCGCGCAGUGGAGCAUAUUCCGAAGAAUCCUCCGGAUCGGGUGAAGGUAGCAGGGAGGAGAAAACAAAGGGUGUUCAGAAAAAUCCAGAGGAGCCGAAGCAAACCUCUGCACCUUUUGAAGGCAACCAGGUGACGACAACCGCGAGUGUCCCGCGCAGUGGAGCAUAUUCCAAGGAAUCCUCCGGAUCGGGUGAAGGUAGCGGGGAGGAGAAAACAAAGGGUGUUCAGAAAAAUCCAGAGCAGCCGAAGCAAGCCUCUGCACAUUCUGAAGGCAACCAGGUGACGACAACUGGGACUGUUCAGCGCAGUGUAGAAGAUUCGAAGCAUUCCUCCAGAUCUGGUGGAGGUAGCAACCUGGAGACGACCGGGAUUGCUCAGCCCAACGCAGAGGACUCGAAACAAACAGCUGCUGACGCUGAUCGGCUGGCGAUAACCGUGAAUGCUCUGUACAAUGCCGAGGAUUCGACGCAUGCCUCUGCAACUGCUGAAGCGAGUCAGGGAACAACACCACAUGCUUUUCUACCCCACACUGAGGACUUGAAGCCAACCUCUGAACUUAGCGAAGGCAGCGAGGCAGGGCAACGUGGAGUUCUGCCCCACACAGAGGAGUCGAAAGAAACUUCUGCAUAUGUUGAAGGUGAUGCAGUGACAACACGCAGCCCUGCUGUUCUUCCCAAGUCAGAGGAAUCGCCGCAACCGUCUGCACCAACUGACGCCAGCGAACAAACUACACCCAGUGCACCUGUUCUCCCCAAUGCAGAGGAAUCGGCAAACCCGUCUGCACCUGUGGAUGGCAGCAGUGAGGUGACUACAACCAGGGCUGCUGUUCUGGCCGGUGAAGAGCAGUUGCAGGGAACCUCCACACCUAUCGAAGGCAGUCCAGUAACUGCGAUUGGCAAGGAAGCUGAAGGCACCGAGCAAGCGUCCCCGGCAUCCCGGGAGCCAGCUGCUAAUCCCAUCGGCGCAAGCGGUACUGUCGCCAAUCCAGCUCCGGCUGCACCAACAGAUGUCCCAGCCUCUCCAGCUCCGGCUGCACCAACAGAUGUCCCAGCCUCUCCAGCUCCGGCUGCACCAACAGAUGUCCCAGCCUCUCCAGCUCCGGCUGCACCAACAGAUGUCCCAGCCUCUCCAGCUCCGGCUGCACCAACAUAUGCCCCGGCCGCUCCACCAGUUUCCGCCAGGCCCGGCAACGCAGAGGACGAAGACGACCUACCACCGUUAGAAAUUGAGCAUGCUAAGAGAACACCGACACGAGAAGGCGGCAAAACCAAGAAGGGUGGUGACCUAUCGAAUAAGAGGCAUGGCGCCGCCUCGUCAACAACAAUUGGUGUGGUCGCUGGCCUGCUGAUUCUGGCCUGCGCCGCCUGCAUUGCCUUUUACAUGUACAACCGCCGGAGCGACUGGUUGCCUCUCCUCCUAGGACGCCGUGCAUCCAAGGAAGACGACGCAUGGUCCAAUCCUCUCAGUCAAAGGCAGUCUAGCAAUGCUUUUCUCUCGUACCAGGACGACGCCAGGACACCAAACCUGUCGCGCAUCUCCACAAUGAUCAAGGCCGACAAAAAGAAAGAAUGCGGCUCUGGAGCACGGAGACGUGGAGAAGGCUGGCACGGUGCACGGCUUUGCCAAUCCUGA